UCCAAAUGUUAACUGUCUAACAGACGCUCAAGGCUCAACCUUGAGUCCUUGAACAUUGUUCCCGCCCAAAAUUUGAAAAUUUUAUUUUUAUUCGUUUCAAAAUUUCGGAUUUAUAAAAUUGAAGAUUAUUUUGGCGCUGAACAACAAUCAAUCAUCAGAUGCUGCGAACUUUUCCAAAUUUGAAGCCUUUAUUACUCUGUUUCAGGCAGCAGGCAAUUGCAAGGCGAUCAUUGAUUCAGUAUAACAGUGUUAAAUUUCAGUUGAAUUGUUCAAUUUUUGCUACAAAAAUGGAGAAUGAUUCUUCCAAGAAAAUUGAAGUUUCUGCCCUAAACCCCAAUUUACAAUCAAGAGGUGCUUUGGUUGUAUUAGAAGGGUUAGAUCGAAGUGGAAAGAGCUCUCAGUGUAGUCAGCUUCUCUCUCACUUGCAAAGUAUUGGGUGUUCUGCUGAGUUAUGGCGGUUUCCGGAUCGAAAUACUGCUGUUGGGCAGAUGAUUUCUGCUUAUCUUUCCAAUCAAUCUAAUUUGGAUGAUCAUACUAUUCAUCUUUUGUUCAGUGCUAAUCGUUGGGAGAAAAGAUCCAUGAUAGAAGAAAAGUUGAAAUCUGGGACUACCCUCAUUAUAGAUCGUUAUUCAUACUCCGGUGUGGCUUUCUCUUCUGCCAAAGGCCUUGAUUUUGAUUGGUGUAAGGCACCAGAGAUAGGAUUGCUGGCUCCAGACAUGGUCUUAUACCUUGAUAUAUCACCAGAGAAAGCUGCAGAAAGAGGUGGUUAUGGUGAUGAAAGAUACGAGCGUCUUGAUUUUCAAGGGAAGGUCAGAGAAAAAUACCAGGCUCUUCAUGAUGCCUCAUGGAAGAUGGUUGAUGCCUGCUUGCCAAUGGAAGAAGUCCAGAAGAAGCUCAGAGAAUAUGUGCUUGAGUGUGUUGCGGCCUGCAAAAAUGGAAAGGCUCUUUCUCACCUCUGGUCACAAUAAGCAAGCUGCCAUAUGCCUCUUGCUCGCUUGGGCGAAAAUGUAUACUAUAGUCAGUACUCAGUAGUUGCGUUUUGAACUCUUGGUUGAGGUGCUUCUACCUUUAAGUUUAAGUCUAGAAGUUGGAGUUGUAUUAUACUUUGCUUAAGGUAAAUUUGCUUUAAAUUCCUGUAAUUGCUAGUGACAUGGUCUUAACUUUUGCAAAACCAAUAGUAAAUGGGUAUAUUGUAAACAAAAAGUCCUUUGUGAAGUUAAUUUUUUGAUGACUUGGCCAAGUGUGACGGUCUAAGAGUGACUAAGCAUGUCAUAUAAAAUACAUCCGUUGUAUACAAGACCUAUUAUUUAAAACGCACAUAAAAUUAUACUUUA